AUGCCGUACGUACCACCUCAUUUACGCAACUCGGCGGGCGGGUCGGCUGGAGGUUCCGCCCCCCCGUCAUCCUCCCAAGGAGGCCGAUCCGAUCCCCCAGGCCGGUACGGCGAUCGGAACGACUAUGGCAGCUUCGGCUCUAGAAGCUACGGCUCUCGAGAUAGAGACGAUCGGAGGGAUAGGGAUGACAGAGGGAGCAGGGACGGCGGCAGCAGGGACGGCGGCAGCAGCAGCUUCAGCAGCAGCCGUCGGCCGGUAGAGACCCGGGGAAGCGGCCCUCCAGAGCCGGUCUGCCCGGCAUGGAAGCCGUCGGACCGCGUGAUCCGCUUGCAAGAAGACCAGAUCGCCGAGGUCCGCGCGCGGCUGAACGUGACGGUGGAGGUCACGCCUGGCACGGGCGUUGCUCCCGCUCCAGUCGAGUCGUUUGACGACAUGGGCCUGCACCCGAACAUCUCAAAGGACAUCGUGUACCACAGCUACACCAACCCCACGCCCAUCCAGGCGCAGGCCAUGCCUAUCGCGCUCUCCAACCGCGACCUUCUCGGCUGUGCUGAAACCGGCAGCGGCAAGACCGCCGCCUUCGCCAUCCCCAUGAUUCAACACUGCCUGCAUCAAGCGCCUCUGCGGCCGGGCGAUGGGCCUCUGGCGCUCGUGCUGGCGCCCACCCGCGAGCUGGCACAGCAGAUUGAGAAGGAGGUGAAAGCGUUCAGUCUGUCAUCGGAUGGGUUCAAGACGGCGAUCAUAGUGGGCGGCACGCACAUGAGCGAGCAGUGGUCGGUGCUGCGAGGGGGCGUGCAGGUGGUGGUGACACUUACCACCCCCAUACCCAGGUCCUGCCCCUCUUGCUGCACUUUCUCCAACCCCUCACCCCAGGUGAAAGCGUUCAGCCUGUCAUCAGACGGGUUUAAGACGGCGAUCUUAGUGGGCGGCACGCACAUGAGCGAGCAGCGGUCGGUGCUGCGAGGGGGCGUGCAGGUGGUGGUGGCGACACUUACCACCCCCAUACCCACGCCCCUGUCAUCAGAUGGGUUUAAGACGGCCAUCAUAGUGGGCGGGACGCACAUGAGCGAGCAGCGGUCGGUGCUGCGAGGGGGCGUGCAGGUGGUGGUGGCGACGCCGGGACGAUUCAUCGACCAUCUGCAGCAGGGCAACACAUCGCUGGCGCGUGUGUCUUUUGUUGUGCUGGACGAGGCUGACAGGAUGCUGGACAUGGGAUUCGAACCCCAGAUGAAGGAGAUCAUGUCGAACCUGCCGAAGCAGCACCAGACGCUGCUGUUCUCGGCGACCAUGCCGGAGGAGAUAGAGGCGCUGGCGCAGGAGUACCUCAAGACGCCCAUCAUGUCAAACCUGCCAAAGCAGCACCAGACGCUGCUGUUCUCAGCCACGAUGCCGGAGGAAAUAGAGGCGCUGGCGCAGGAGUACCUCAAGACGCCCGUGCGCGUCAAGGUGGGGCGCGUCAGCAGCCCCACGCAGAACGUGACCCAGUCGCUGGAGAAGGUGCCUGAGAAGGACAAGGUGGAUCGGCUGCUGCAGCUGCUGGUGGAGGAGAUGGCCGCUGCAGAGAGCGGGCAGCAGCCGCUGCCACUCACCAUCGUGUUUGUGGAGCGCAAGGUCAUUGUGAGGUGCGUGGCAGCGGCCGCUGCCACUCACCAUCGUGUUUGUGUAGCGCAAGCGCAGGGGCUCAAGGCAGCAAAUAUUCCCAAAAACCCACCAUCCGCUUGUCUCUCUCCCGCUCGUUCUUGCCCUCACCAGGUGAAGUGUGACGAGGUGUGCGAGGCGCUGACAGCGCAGGGGCUCAAGGCAGCAGCACUGCAUGGGGGGCGCAGCCAGGGGGAGAGAGAGGCGGCGCUGCUGGACUUCCGCAAAAACACCAUCAACAUCCUUGUGGCAACGGACGUGGCAUCAAGAGGGCUGGAUGUGUCAGGAGUAGCGCUCGUCGUCAACAUGGACCUCCCCAAGGCCCUAGAGGACUAUGUGCACCGCAUCGGGCGAACAGGGCGAGCAGGGGCGUCUGGGCGAGCCGUUUCCUUCUACACUGAUAGGGAUGCGUUUCUGGUGGCUCAGAUCAAGAAAGCACUGUCAGAGGCAGAGGCAGGCAACACCAUGGCGUUUGCGACUGGCAAGGCUGCAAGGAGGAAGGAGAAGGAGGAGGCAGCAGCGUUCCGGGAAAAUCGGGCAGCAACUGCCGCAAAUGUGACGAUGAUAGGGGCAACAGCAGUGAAGAUAGUGGAUCAGAAAUACAAGCACAUGAUUGUGGCUCAAGCAGGACCGGAUAAGGUGGAGGGGGUGGCAGAUGAUGCAUGGGAUGAUUAG